GUAGGGGUUCCUGGUCGCCCAGAGCUGAAGUAAUGAGAAGGCGUCAUGGAGGCCCAGUCCCAGAGCUCCACGACCACUGAGAAGAAGAAAGUGGAGAAUUCCAUAGUGAAAUACUCCACUCGACCAGACGUCAGCGAGAAAGCCGUGGCCUCCAGCACCACUUCCAAUGAGGAUGAAAGUCCUGGACAGACCUAUCACAGAGAGAGAAGAAACGCAGUCACCAUGCAGCCACAGAGCGUGCCGGGGCUGGGCAAGAUCAGUGAGGAACCGUCGACAUCCAGUGACGAGAGGGCCUCGCUGAUCAAGAAGGAGAUCCAUGGGUCCCUGCCCCACCUGGCCGAGCCCUCUGUCCCCUACCGCGGGGCUGUGUUUGCCAUGGACCCCAGGAACGGCUACAUGGAGCCUCACUACCACCCUCCUCAUCUCUUUCCUGCAUUCCAUCCUCCUGUACCAAUUGAUGCAAGACACCAUGAGGGCCGUUACCAUUACGAUCCGUCUCCGAUCCCUCCAUUGCAUGUGCCUUCUGCCCUAUCUAGUAGCCCCACGUAUUCCGACCUGCCUUUCAUCAGGAUCUCCCCGCAUCGGAAUCCCGCUGCAGCUUCUGAGUCCCCCUUCAGCCCUCCGCAUCCCUACAUCAACCCCUACAUGGACUACAUCCGGUCCCUGCACAGCAGCCCGUCUCUCUCCAUGAUUUCGGCCGCCCGCGGGCUGAGCCCCACAGAUGCCCCGCACGCUGGAGUCAGCCCAGCGGAAUACUAUCAUCAGAUGGCUCUGUUAGCCGGCCAACGCAGUCCCUAUGCAGACAUCAUCCCCUCCGCUGCCACCGCCGGCGCAGGGGCCAUCCACAUGGAGUAUCUUCAUGCCAUGGAUAGCACCAGAUUCCCCAGCCCCCGGCUGUCAGCCAGGCCAAGCCGAAAACGUACACUGUCCAUAUCACCACUGUCCGAUCAUAGCUUUGACCUUCAGACCAUGAUUAGGACGUCUCCCAACUCCUUGGUCACCAUUCUCAAUAAUUCCCGCAGCAGCUCUUCAGCAAGUGGCUCCUACGGCCACUUAUCUGCAAGCGCAAUCAGCCCUGCCCUGAGCUUCACCUACCCUUCUGCACCCGUGUCUCUCCAUAUGCAUCAGCAGAUCUUAAGCCGACAGCAGAGCUUAGGCUCGGCCUUUGGACACAGCCCUCCGCUCAUCCACCCCGCCCCAACUUUCCCGACACAGAGGCCUAUUCCCGGGAUCCCUACGGUUCUGAACCCUGUCCAGGUCACCUCCGGCCCUUCCGAGUCCUCACAGAACAAGCCCACGAGUGAGUCCGCCGUGACCAGCACCGGAGACCUAGUGCAUAAUAAACGCUCCAAGAUCAAAGCCGAUGAAGACCUCCCCAGCCCGGGGCCUCGGGGCCAGCAGGAACAGCCUGAAGGGACAACCCUGGUGAAGGAGGAAGGGGACAAAGAAGAAAGCAAACAGGAGCCUGAAGUCAUCUACGAGACAAACUGCCACUGGGAGGGCUGUUCUCGGGAGUUCGACACCCAGGAGCAGCUGGUGCAUCAUAUAAAUAACGACCAUAUCCAUGGAGAAAAGAAGGAGUUCGUGUGCCGGUGGCUAGAUUGCUCGAGAGAACAGAAACCCUUCAAAGCCCAGUACAUGUUGGUAGUGCACAUGCGCAGGCACACGGGGGAGAAGCCUCACAAAUGCACUUUUGAAGGUUGCACAAAGGCCUACUCGAGACUCGAAAACUUGAAAACACACUUGAGAUCUCACACUGGAGAGAAACCGUACGUCUGUGAGCACGAAGGUUGCAACAAGGCUUUCUCGAAUGCCUCUGAUCGCGCCAAGCACCAGAACAGGACACAUUCCAAUGAGAAACCGUACGUGUGCAAAAUCCCCGGCUGCACCAAGCGCUACACAGACCCCAGCUCCCUCCGGAAACACGUGAAGACCGUGCACGGCCCCGAGGCUCACGUCACCAAGAAGCAGCGUGGGGACGUGCAUCCCAGGCCCCCGGCGCCACGAGAUUCCGGCGGCCACUCACAGUCUAGGUCACCAGGCCGGCAGACUCAGGGAGCCCUCGGGGAGCAAAAGGACCUCAGCAACACUACCUCAAAGCGGGAAGAAUGCCUCCAAGUGAAAACGGUCAAGGCGGAGAAGCCCAUGACAUCUCAGCCAAGCCCUGGUGGUCAGUCUUCAUGCAGCAGCCAGCAGUCCCCCAUCAGCAACUAUUCCAACAGUGGGCUCGAGCUUCCUGUAACCGAUGGAGGUGGUAUGGGCGACCUCAGUGCCAUCGACGAAACCCCAAUCAUGGACUCGACCAUUUCCACUGCAACCACAGCCCUCGCUUUGCAAGCCCGGAGGAACCCGGCAGGGACCAAAUGGAUGGAGCACGUCAAGCUAGAAAGACUCAAACAAGUGAAUGGAAUGCUUCCGCGACUGCAUCCCAUUCUACCCCCCAAAGCCCCUGCGGUCUCUCCUCUCAUAGGAAACGGCACGCAGCCCAGUACCAGCUGCAGUCUGGGCGGGCCCCCGCCCCUUCUCCCGAACAGAAGCGACCUUUCUGGGGUGGACAUCACCAUGCUGAACCUGCUCAACCGGAGAGACAGCAGCGCCAGCACCAUCAGCUCCGCCUACCUGAGCAGCCGCCGCUCCUCCGGCAUCUCGCCCUGCUUCUCCAGCCGCCGGUCCAGCGAGGCGUCCCAGGCCGAGGGGCGGCCCCAGAACGUGAGCGUGGCCGACUCCUACGACCCCAUCUCCACCGACGCCUCGCGCAGGUCCAGCGAGGCCAGCCAGGGCGACGGCCUGCCCAGCCUGCUCAGCCUCACGCCCGCCCAGCAGUACCGCCUGAAGGCCAAGUACGCCGCUGCCACGGGCGGUCCGCCGCCCACCCCGCUGCCCAACAUGGAGAGGAUGAGCCUCAAGACCCGGAUGGCCCUGCUGGGCGAUGGCAGGGAGCCCGCGGGGACCCUGCCUCCCGUACAUCCUCCCCGGAGAUGCAGCGACGGCGGGGCCCACGGGUACGGCCGGCGCCCGCUGCUGCCCCAGGAUGCGCUGGGCAACGGCGUGAGAAGAGCCAGCGACCCGGUGCGGACGGCCUCCGAGAGCCUCUCCCUGCCCCGGGUGCAGCGAUUCAACAGCCUUAACAGCUUCAGCCCUCCGGUGUUGCCUCCAUCCCUGGAGAAGCGUAAUCUAGUGCUUCAGAACUACACGCGGCCAGACGGGGGCCAGUCCCGACACUUCCACGCGUCUCCCUGUCCCCCGAGCAUUUCUGAGAACGUCACCCUGGAGUCCCUGGCCAUGGACGCCGAUGUGGGCCUCAACGAUGAGGAUCUCCUGCCCGACGACGUGGUGCAGUAUUUAAAUUCCCAGAACCCAGUCGGGUAUGGGCAGCACUUCCCAGGCACCGUCUCUGAUGACAGCAAAGUGCCCCACGGGCCCGGCUUGGGGAGCGGGCCCGGCGACUUUGACCCACUUGGGCUGCCCGGCAGCCACGCCAGCCACGCCAGCCAGCAGUAUCGCGGGCUGGAACCGCCCUGCACUGAUGCCGGUAAAUCCGACCUGCCCAUUCAGUGGAACGAAGUCAGCUCAGGCAGCGCCGACCUGUCCUCCUCCAAGCUGAAAUGCGGCCAGCGGUCCACAGCGCAACACGCCCGCGCCUUCGGGUUGUACAGCCACGUGGGCGUCCACCCACAGAAUCCCUUGAGGAGUGGGGCUGGCCCGGCUGGGGGGUAUCCGACCCUCGGGGAGCACAGCAGCUCCUUCGGGGGCCCGGAGCACUUGGUGAGCCACGGCGGCGGCGGCGGAGCUGCGGGCACCAACGGGAACGCCUUCCACGAACAGCCCUAUAAGGCCCAGCAGUAUGGGAACUGCCUGGCCCGGCAGCCCGGCUUGCUCGACGGGGCCUGCGGUGCCGGGAUCCAGGCAGCAAAGCUGAAAAGCAUCCCCAUGCAAGGGAGCGGGAGCCAGCCGGAUUUUGGCCUGUUGGUGGCACCGAACGAGUCAGCUGGCAGCACGGUGAACGGCAUGCCCAGCCCAGACCCGGUGGGACAGGGGUACCUGGCGCAUCAGCUCCUCAGUGACAGCAUGCACCCCCAGGGGGCAGGCCGCCCCGGGCAGCACAUGCUGGGGCACGGCAGCGCUACCUCACAUAUCCACGUCUGUCAAGGGCCAGAAAGCGGCCUGCCAGGGCCGCCCAGCACCGGCAUCCAGCUGUCAAGCCUGGCAGCCGUCAGGGGCUACCAGCCGUGUGCCAGUUACGGGGGCAGCCGGCGCCAGGCUGGGCCGAGGGGUGGCCUCACUCUGCAGCCAGGACAGCUCAGUGACCCAAGUCAGACCUGCAGGGUGAAUGGCAUCAAGAUGGAGAUGCCAGGGCAGCCCCAUCAGCUCUAUUCGAAUGUGCAGAGUUACUCUGGUCAGUUCUAUGACCAAACCAUUGGCUUCGGUCAGCAAGACAUGAAAACUGGGUCCUUCUCUGUGUCAGAAGCCAACUGCCUGCUCCAGGGGGCGAGCGCCGAAAACUCUGAAUUACUCUCCCCAGGUGCUAACCAGGUGACGAGCACAGUGGACAGCCUCGACAGCCAUGACCUGGAAGGGGUGCAGAUUGAUUUCGAUGCUAUCAUAGAUGACGCGGACCACGCCAGCCUGAUGUCAGGAGCCCUGAGCCCAAGUAUCAUUCAGAACCUUUCUCAUAGCUCAUCCCGCCUCACAACGCCACGUGCUGCCCUCCCGUUGCCAGCUCUGUCUCUGAGCACCACCAACAUGGCAAUCGGGGACAUGGGUUCUCUGCUGACCUCCCUCGCGGAAGAAAGCAAAUUCCUUGCAGUUAUGCAGUAGGCAUUAGG